CGGUGCCGGGAGGGUUGCUGGGAGAACGAGCCACGGCUUCUCCGGCCAACGGCCGUGCCCGGCGGGCAGGCAGGGCCCGGGGCUCGGCGGGCUGGAUGCCAGCUGGUUGCAGGGCGCCAUGGCGGACUGUUACCAGCUGUGGGCCCCCUCGCCCCUGGACGAGUCGCUGAGCUGGCUGAGGGGAACGCCGCCGCCACCGCCGCCCGCCGUCUCGGCGCACCCGUUCCGCUGGGCCGGCCUGCAGGCGGCGGCGGCGGCGGGCGAGCGGCGGGGCGGCGGGGCGGCGCUGCUGCGGCCGCAAGCCGUGAGGCUGCAGAGCCUCGACGCCGUCUUCGAGCGGCUGGUGACGGCGCAGCCGCCGCGCCGGAUCGGCGCCCUGCGUGUGUCGGAGAGCUCGGCUUUCUGCCGGGUCGUGGACUCGCGGCGGUGGCGGGCCUACGGGCUGCGGGAGGCUGAGGCGCGUGUGGCCACCACCAUGUGCCAGCAGAUGAUGCGAGCCAUCCUGCUGCUCUACGCCGCCUACAAGAAGUGCGCCUUCGCCCUGCAGCACACCCCCUGAGACACGGAGGGAACGCCCCUGGGCGGGCAGCGGGCUGUCUGCUGCCUCAGGACCGUGCCCAGACUUGUCACAACUCGAAGCCCUGCGCGCUGAGCACGCAGCAAAGCUUUGGCUUGUAUGGCCCCGCACUUGCAAAGUAUCCAAAUGCAGCUGGUGGAGGCGGGAGAUGUGGAGUUGGUCACCAAUUCCAUCAUGUGGAUGAAGAGCCUUGCGCCUCAUGGUGGCUUUCAUGGAUGUGACUGCACCAGGCUGCCUGCGUUUGGGACCUCUGUCUCACUGGUGCUAUGAGGAAGCACACUUCUGGCUUGCCAUGCUGUGUGGAACAUUGGUUGGUGUGUUGAGGAACAGGCUUGGAAGGAAGUGCUCACUGAACUGAGAGGUGCUGCUGCUGGACAGUACUCAGAAAAAAAGGUGUUUACACUUGAUAUAUAACUACAGGUAUAUACGGGUUCCCCAGGCAUAUGGACUUCAAAGUAAAAUCCUUCAUUUAUUCAUUUCUAGGGAAAAUUAAGACCUCCAGGAAACCCUCAGGAACUCCUAAAGAUAAGCCUUAGUCUCUUUAGUUUGUACACUUCACCACCUGUGUCCAUUACGGCUCUAUGAGAAUUAACUUGUUUACAAAGAAUUCAAAUUGCUGUUCAGCAUUGGGAACGAAAUCUCUGCUCAUUUACAACUAGUGAAGGCACUCAUGGAAGCACAGUAUGCAAAGUUAACCCAUCUACUUUGAUUUUAUUUAGCUAAGAAGUACAGGAAUACUUAAACAAUACUUAGAACAAAAGGCACGCCAGAAAACUUAACAAGAUUUUUUGCCCUUCUUAAUUGAAACUUUCUUCACAGUUAAAUGCUUAAGUAUGGUGUACAGCUUGUUUACAGCUAAUGAAAACAACUUGUGAAGAGUGAUCUGCAAAGCUUUUACCUUCAAAGUAACCUAAAUAAUAUUUCUUCUUGUUUUAAAUGCAUUUUAGAAAGACGUGUGCGUGGCUCUUUAGAAAUGUACUGCUUGUAUUUUAGCAGGCCAAAUAAAACUUGUUCUGAUGUA